GUGGGUUGGUAUAUAUAUAUGUAUGCACAGAGUACCAGAGAGCAGUAUCAUUUCAUCCACUGGAUCAGACUAGAAACAUAUCCUUUGGAGAUUUACCUGCAAAAGAGCAUCACAUUUUAAUCUUACAAUGGACUUCUGCUCUGCAUCACAGCAAACCAGAAGCCUCAGCUCAUGGAUCACCCUCUUCCUCCUGUACUCAAUUGUCACCAUGUGCACUAGAGUAGAGGGCUGGUCCUACCAUCACUCCAACAAAACUAUGAACUGGGACACUGCUAGAAAGUGGUGCACGGAGCACUACACUGACAUGGUGGCCAUCCAGAACCGUGAAGAGAUCUCCCACCUUAACAGCAUCCUGCCCAGGCAGACCAACUAUUACUGGAUAGGGAUCCGUAAGGUGGACGACGUGUGGACCUGGGUGGGGACCAAUAAGACCCUGACUAAAGAGGCAGAGAACUGGGCAGACGGGGAACCCAACAACGGGGGGAACAACGAGGACUGUGUGGAGAUGUACAUCAAGAGAGAGAAGGACACAGGGAAGUGGAACGACGAGUCUUGUAUGAAGAAGAAGACGGCUCUGUGCUUCACAGCCUCGUGUCAGAGCGACUCAUGUUACCAUGGAGAGUGUGUAGAGACCAUCAACAGCCACCGCUGUAAAUGCUCUGAGGGCUUCUACGGAGAGCAGUGUGAACACGUUGUUGAAUGUAAGAUGGAGGGGGUCACGGUCCCUGCUAAAGCCAGUGUCAGUUGCUCUCACCCCAAUGGGAAUUUCUCCUUUGACUCGACGUGUCAGUAUUCCUGUGAAGAGGGGUACCGGCUGAGCAGCUCCGGGCCUGUGAGAUGCACAGCCUCAGAAUCAUGGUCAGAACAACCUCCCACCUGUGAAUUGGUCUUAUGCAGUGAGCUGUAUGAACCUGGGAAGGGUUCCAUGGCCUGCUCCCAUCCCCUGGGCUCCUUCAGCUACCUGUCCACCUGUACCUUUACCUGUGAGGAGGGCUAUGAGAGGCUGGCCUCCAGCUCUGCUACCCUGCAGUGUGGUGCCUCGGGACAGUGGAACGACUCACAGCCGCAGUGUAUUGCUGUAAGCUGCCCUACCCUCCAGCAGCCACAGGAUGGCGCUAUCAGCUGUGGAGAAGACUUCACCUAUGGAAGCAGCUGUAACUUUAGCUGCUCUGAGGGUUAUCUCCUCAAGGGGGCGAUCACGCUGACCUGUACAUCAGCUGCUGAGUGGAGUGAGGAGAUACCACACUGUGAAGUGGUCUUAUGCAGUGAGCUGUAUGAACCUGGGAAGGGUUCCAUGGCCUGCUCCCAUCCCCUGGGCUCCUUCAGCUACCUGUCCACCUGUACCUUUACCUGUGAGGAGGGCUAUGAGAGGCUGGCCUCCAGCUCUGCUACCCUGCAGUGUGGAGCCUCGGGACAGUGGAACGACUCACAGCCGCAGUGUAAUGCUGUAAGCUGCCCUACCCUCCAGCAGCCACAGGAUGGCGCUAUCAGCUGUGGAGAAGACUUCACCUAUGGAAGCAGCUGUAACUUUAGCUGCUCUGAGGGUUAUCUCCUCAAGGGGGCGAUCACGCUGACCUGCACAUCAGCUGCUGAGUGGAGUGAGGAGAUACCACACUGUGAAGUGGUCUUAUGCAGUGAGCUGUAUGAACCUGGGAAGGGUUCCAUGGCCUGCUCCCAUCCCCUGGGCUCCUUCAGCUACCUGUCCACCUGUACCUUUACCUGUGAGGAGGGCUAUGAGAGGCUGGCCUCCAGCUCUGAUACCCUGCAGUGUGGAGCCUCGGGACAGUGGAACGACUCACAGUCGCAGUGUAUUGCUGUAAGCUGCCCUACCCUCCAGCAGCCACAGGAUGGCGCUAUCAGCUGUGGAGAAGACUUCACCUAUGGAAGCAGCUGUAACUUUAGCUGCUCUGAGGGUUAUCUCCUCAAGGGGGCGAUCACGCUGACCUGCACAUCAGCUGCUGAGUGGAGUGAGGAGAUACCACACUGUGAAGCUGUCCAGUGCCCCUCUCCUGUGGUUCCUCUGGGGGGUCAGGUCAGCUGUGAGGCCCCCUCACAUCCCUGGGGCUCUGUCUGCAACUUCAGCUGUGAUGAGGGUUACGAUCACCAGGGGGCCCCAAACAUGCAGUGUUCACAGUCAGGGGAGUGGAGCGCUGAAACACCUACCUGCACAGCCACACCUGAGCCUCCAUUGAACCCUACUAUCCUAGGACUGGUUGCAGGGGGCGCUGUGUCAUUAUCUGGCCUGUCUCUGGCUGCAUGGCUCCUCAAACGAAUCAGACAGAAAGCUAACAAGUUUGAUCUGAACAGCACCUCAGACAUUGAGGAACCUUUACAGACCUACAGGAACAGCAUUGACAGCCUGAUAUAGAGACCAACAACAAUAACAGCAGGAACAACAGCAGGAAUAACAGCAGGAACAACAGUCGGAACAACAGCAGGAACAACAGCAGGAACAACAGCAGGAACAACAGCAGGAACAACAGCAGGAACAACAGCAGGAACAGCAGCAGGAACAACAGUCGGAACAGGCUGGCUCUGUUUUCAAAGAAGAUCUGCUGGUCACACCUGGAUCACAGUUCCUCAGUAUUGUAAUGUAGUAGAUUAGAUAGCCUUGAAUCGUCUGACUGGGAGAGAGGUGCUACGUUGAGUAUACAGAAUCAUCUGUUCUCAUGAUGGUCCUACAGAAAAUGUAUUUUUUCUCCCUAAGGGAGUUUUGUAUUGAACAAAUUGUUCACCACUGGCUGGUAUAUGACCACAAGUGGACACAUUUCUUAUGAUACUGAUUUUGACAGCUAUUUUAUACAAACUACAGAAAGUUGUAUAUAAUAUUCCACCGUAUAAUUAAUAUAAUUUUAUGAUUUUACAAAACUGUGAAAUCAAUGCCUUUCAGUAUUUAAGAUAUAUUUAUUUUGAAACCACAGUCUGUGUGUUACAGAAUUCAAUUUGAUGUUGAAAAAGUGUCUUUUUAAAUAUAAUAAAUGUUUCAAACAUUGUCAA